UUUUCUCCACCCCCAAAUCACCCAAACCUCCCUUCCACCACCACCAUGUCGGAGAAAGUAUGCGACCACCACGACACCGCCCGGCGCAAGAUGGCGCGGCGGUGCGGCGCAGCCCUCCUAACCUUCAUCUUCGUGUUCCUCCUCAUCGUCCUCCUCGUGUGGGCCAUCCUCCAGCCCAAGAAGCCCCGCUUCACCCUCCAAGACGCCACCAUCUUCAACCUCAACAUCUCCGCCCCCAACGUCAUCUCCACCACUGUCCAAGUCACCGUCAACUCCCGUAACCCCAACUCUCGCAUCGGCGUCUACUAUGACCGCCUCGACGUCUACGCCACCUACCGCAGUCAGCAGAUCAGCUACUACACAGUGAUCCCACCCGUCUACCAGGGCCACAAGGACGUGAACGUGUGGUCCCCAUUCCUCUACGGAAACAACGUCCCUGUCGCCCCUUACAACGGCAUCGCCCUAGCUCAGGAUCAGAGCAACGGCGCCAUUAACCUCCUCAUCAAGAUCAACGGCCGCGUCCGCUGGAAGGUCGGAUCCUUCAUCUCUGGCCGCUACCACCUCCAUGUCGCCUGCGCCGCCUAUAUCCCCAUCGGAAAUAGUAAGAACACCGGCAUCGUCAUCGGCAAUGCAGUUAAGUAUCAGCUUUCACAGAGUUGUACUGUCAAUGUUUGAUUGAUUUUUAUUUCCAGCUGCUUCUUUUUUUUGGUUUAUAUUUGCAUCUUAAUUAAGAAUUGUAUAUUUGCUGGAAAUAAAGUGUGAAGUGAGAUGAGGGAGAUGAUCAAGGAGGUCAAUGCGAAAUUUGCAAUCUUGUAUUAUCACACUUGAUUAAUUAAUGGCUAUGCUGUAGUUUUAAGAUAUUAUACUAUGUAAUAAUUGUUUCUUUUAUUGGAAACUUUUUAUGAAGCUCAAGUUAUUAGUUGA